AUGAAUAAAUUGUUAGCUUUGGUUGCUUUAUUUUUAGCUUUGGCUGCCGCUGUUAUUGCACACACAUGUGGUCCAAACACAGUGUGGAACUCUUGCGGAUCUGCUUGCCCAGAUUACUGUAAUAAACCAGCUGGUGGAAUUUGCACCAUGCAAUGUGUGGCAGAUUGUUUCUGUAAUGGAGCUAAUGGUUACACCAAGAGAGCAAUAGAUGCGGCAAAUGACGAUUGCGUUCUUACAUCUGAAUGCCCUACUUGUGGUGCCAAUGAAAUAUAUAAAUUGUGUGGAACUGCCUGUCAAGAUUAUUGUGGAAAACCAGAAGGUACUUCGUGUACUGAACAAUGCGUGGAAGGAUGUUUCUGUAAAGAUGGAUACGUACGUACAAUAGAUAAUAACACUUCUGCUUGCAUCCUCGAAGCAAGUUGCUCUUAA